GUCCUCACCAGAGCAGGACGAGUUAAGACAAACCAGGGCGGAGUGCAGAGUAAAAGUAGUACAGUCGGGGGCUGACAUGUCAUUUGAGCUGCAUGAAAGUAAGGGCAAACUUGAGACUGUGAUCUCUGUGAGCUUUUUAAAGAAAUCAGUGGAGAUCUCUGAGAGGGGUGUGUUUGCGUGUGGGGGGCGUGUAUACGUGUGUUUGGGUGAAAACUGAAAACUUAAAGGCAUUACUUUCACAACAGUGAUUCAUCUGCUGCCGGCCUCACAUCAGCUGUUUGUGCUACAGGAAGAAUGUUGGGUAACUGCCUCACAUUCGGCCGAUCCCUCGUGAGGAGGAAGAAGGUGGACCAAGACAAUCUGGAGGAGUCCAAGCUGUGCCGAUGCCUCUCCACUGUUGAUCUCAUUGCCCUUGGGGUCGGAAGCACACUGGGGGCCGGGGUCUAUGUGCUCGCUGGGGAGGUGGCCAAAGGCAACUCUGGCCCCAGCAUCGUGGUGUCUUUCCUCAUCGCUGCUCUGGCCUCUGUGAUGGCCGGCCUUUGCUAUGCCGAGUUUGGUGCACGUGUGCCAAAGACGGGCUCGGCCUAUCUGUACAGUUAUGUGACUGUGGGGGAGCUUUGGGCCUUCAUCACAGGAUGGAAUCUCAUUCUGUCAUAUGUAAUAGGGACCUCUAGUGUGGCUCGUGCCUGGAGCGGGACGUUUGAUGAGCUCAUAGGGGGGCACAUUGAGAAGUUCUGCAAAACAUACUUCAAAAUGAGUUUGCCUGGACUUGCUGACUACCCUGAUUUUUUUGCAGUCUGCCUGAUCUUACUCCUAUCAGGCCUUCUCUCUUUUGGGGUGAAAGAGUCAGCUUGGGUCAACAAAAUCUUCACAGCUGUAAACGUGGUCGUGCUGAUGUUUGUUAUUGUCUCUGGAUUCGUCAAAGGAGAUUCACUCAAUUGGAAUCUAUCAGAAGAAUCUCUCAUAAACGUCACCAUUGUAACAAGGAAUCUGUCAUACACUGCUAAUGUGACCAGUGAUUAUGGUGCGGGGGGAUUUUUGCCUUAUGGUUUUAGUGGGACACUGGCGGGCGCUGCCACAUGCUUUUAUGCCUUUGUAGGAUUUGACUGCAUUGCAACCACAGGCGAGGAGGUGAAAAACCCUCAAAGGGCGAUUCCAAUUGGUAUAGUUGUUUCCCUGCUGGUUUGCUUCCUCGCCUACUUCGGUGUCUCUGCGGCUCUUACUCUCAUGAUGCCUUAUUACCUGUUGGAUGAGAAGAGUCCUCUGCCUGUGGCUUUUGAAUAUGUGGGCUGGGGACCUGCGAAAUAUGUAGUGGCAGCUGGAUCACUUUGCGCUCUGUCAACCAGUCUGCUGGGCUCCAUUUUCCCAAUGCCUCGUGUAAUCUAUGCUAUGGCACAGGAUGGGGUGCUUUUCAAAGUGUUAGCCCAAAUCAAUCCUAAGACGAUGACCCCACUUAUUGCCACAAUGUCUUCUGGUAUAGUUGCAGCUAUCAUGGCUUUCCUGUUUGACUUGAAAGCACUGGUGGACAUGAUGUCUAUUGGAACUUUGCUGGCAUACUCUUUAGUAGCUGCAUGUGUUCUUAUCCUCAGAUAUCAGCCGGAUACUGUGUUUGAGAAGUCCAAAAACAAGGAAGGAAAGGAAGAAGUUGGUGAAUCUGAACUGACUGAAUCAGAGUCCCACCUCAACAUGUUGAAGGAUGGAGGAAUAACCCUGCGCUCUCUGCUCAACCCUCCACUGCUGCCCACCGGACAGACCUCAUCAGCGGUCAAUGUAGCCGUUAUCAUUAUAGCGCUUGCUGUGUGUGUUGUAAGCACACUCAACACAUACUAUGGACACGCCAUUGUUGCCAUGGAGCCCUGGGCCCUCGGGUUGCUGGCGGCAUCAUUGUUCAUCUUCCUUUUGUGCUUCCUUUUGGUUUACAGACAACCUCAGACGAAAAAGAAAGUUUCCUUUAUGGUUCCUCUGUUGCCCUUUUUGCCCAUCUUGAGUAUAUUUGUCAACGUGUAUCUCAUGGUUCAGCUCAGCGGGGACACAUGGAUCCGCUUCUCCAUCUGGAUGGCAAUAGGUUUCAUCAUCUAUUUUGGUUACGGGAUGUGGCAUAGCACUGAACGCAAGAGGCAUCUACAGAACUGCGGUGCUGUGACAGAGAAAAAGAAGCUGACAGCAGGCGAAGGCUCUGAGGAGUAUGUGACUCGCACAGAGAAGACCAGUCCAUGUUAGACAGAAACAAACUGUUAUUCACAGUAUUCACCAACCAGCUGACAGACGUGAGCUCUGUGUACAGCUCUGCCUUUACAGUCACUGCCAUCAUGAACAAUGUUUUAUAACAUCUCUCAGUGUGGAUGAUCUCAUAUGUGCUGUGAUUAUCACGUAUAGUGAGACAGGGGUGUGAAAAUGUAUCAUGUAUUAUUCAAUGAUCUGACAACACUAAAACAAAUCCAAGUCUUACAGAAUUAUUGAUUAUGCAUUAGAACUGAAAUUGAAAUCAGGUCAUUGUUAGAGCAAAUUUUAUUUACACCCCUUUUAGACAUACCUCUGAGUAUGAGUUAUAUGCAUUUAAAUGUGUUCGGAAGUAAAAAGGGAACACACAUUUUUAUUUGCCAAUACUUAAAAGUAUUAUGAUUCCACAGUCAGUACCUAAAGUUUACUUAGCCUAGAUUGUUACAAUACAAUAAACUAAUAGAAAUUGUAGUUGUGGGACAAAAUUGUGCAUUAAACUUGCAUAAUUCAAUAAAGGUGGAAAAGUUAUGUAUUGCUGAUACUGUAUGUAUUAACAACAUACAGUAGCUUCUUUUUUUUACCAUCUUAAGUGUUUACUUCUAAGAUUUAGUAUUAAUUCUUAUUUUACAUCUUAUUGCCAGAGAUGCUAAGCUGCUCCUAUAACAGGAGUUUUCUUGUAUUCUGAUAACACCACGUUUUUAUUUUCACUCUGUAACUCUUCACGUUGUUUGUGUUUCUGUACUUGCGUUGAAUGUUUGAUAGGGAUCCUACAAUGUUUAGUACUCACAGGUCAAUCUGUUGUCUAACAACCAAAGGUGACAUAAUUUGUCAUGUUUUAAAUGUAGUACUAUAACCCUUAUUCACUUUAUUUACUUGCUGAAGUUCUUGUCUAAAGAUGCUUGAAAAGUAACUGUCAGUCAUGUUUUCUGUGCAAACAUUCAUAAUGUACAUCAAUUGUGUUUCAGAUGCAUUUUAAUUGUUUAUGUAAUGGACAUGUUGAUUAUGCCAUUGUCAUUAUAUUGCAAUGUGGUUUCAUGCAAGAUAAUAAAAGAUUUCUUCCCAUUUUUAACCAAGUCUUCCACACUUAAAUAAAUAAA